UUUAGGGUGAAGAACUAAAAGACAUCAAAGUUGAGUAUAAAGAGGAAGAAGAAGAGAGGUUGGUGAGUGGAGAUCAGCAGUCUAUGGAGGAGGGGGAGAUGAUUAUGAAAAGUAAACAGGAGGAAUCUUCUCUACAUAUGGACACAACAGAUGACCAUAAUGUCCGGAAUACGUCUGAGGAAUCUUCUGAUAAAUCACAUACCAGGACUCUAAAAUCUCACAGUAUAAAUACUUUAAUAGAUCCGUCUAUUCCCAAGGAAUCUUCUUCAGGGCAGGAAGGAGAUCACACAGAAGAGAGGUCAUUGUCAUGUUCAGUGUGUGGGAAACUUUUCACAAAUAAGAGAGACCUUCUUAAACAUAAAAAAAUUCACACAGGCGAGAAUCCCUAUUCAUGUUCAGAGUGUGGGAAAUGUUUCCCUCAGAAAACAAAACUUUCUAUACAUCAAAGAAGUCACACGGGGGAGCGUCCUUAUUCAUGUUCAGAGUGCGGGAAAUGUUUCACUGUGAAAGGAAGCCUUAUUAUACACAAAAGAAGUCACACAGGUGAAUUUUCAUGCUCAGAAUGUGGUAAAUGUUUCACUGACAACCAAAGUCUUCUUACACACCGGUACAGUCACACGGGUGAGCGUCCCUUCUCAUGUUCAGAGUGCGGGAAAUGUUUCACUCAGAAAACACAUGUUAUUAGACACCAGAUGCUUCAUACGGGGAAGCGUCCCUAUUCAUGUUCUGAGUGUGGGAAAGGUUUCAUUGAGAAAGCACAACUUCUCGUGCACCAGAGAGAUCACACGGGCGAGCGUCCUUAUACAUGCCCAGAGUGUGGGAAAUGUUUCAAACGGAAAUAUUCAUUCGAUAUACACAAGAAGCAUCACACGGGUGAGCGUCCAUAUUCAUGUUCAGAGUGCGGGAAAUCUUUCUCACUGAAAGGAGAACUUGUGCAUCACCAGAGAAUUCACACAGGUGAGCGUCCUUAUUCAUGUUCAGAGUGUGGGAAAUCCUUCAGGUCGAACGGAAGCCUUAAGUAUCACCAGAGAACUCACACGGGUGAGGGACAUUCAUGUUCAGAGUGCGGAAAAUCUUUCACGUCGAAAGCGAAUCUUGUGUAUCACCAGAGCGUUCACACGGGUGAGCGUCCUUAUUCAUGCUCCGAGUGCGGGAAAGGGUUCCCUAAUAAAAUAAAUCUUAUUGGACACCAGAAGAUUCACACGGGUGAGCGUCCUUAUUCAUGCUCAGAGUGCGGGAAAGGGUUUCCUAAUAAAACAAAACUUAUUAGACACCAGAAGAUUCACACGGGUGAGCGUCCUUAUUCAUGCUCAGAGUGCGGGAAAGGGUUCCCUAAUAAAACAAAUCUUAUUAGACACCAGAAGAUUCACACGGGUGAGCGUCCCUAUUCAUGCUCAGAGUGCGGGAAAUCUUUCAUUCAGAAAGGAAACCUUGUGUAUCACCAGAGAACUCACAAGAGAUAACAACCUUUCUCAUGAUAACAGUGAUGUGUUGGGGGAGGGGCAGAAUAUAUUGAAUGUUUUUCAGGUUCGGUUUGAUAGAUCUGAGCUAGUACAUGGCCAGAUAUGACAAGACAUGGACAACACUUCUUAUUGGUUGAUGUCGGUUUCUGUACAUUAUUGUUCUUUUUAUGUUUUACUGAAGAAGCCGGCUUCUCAUUAGUCCAACAAAGAAUAAAUACACUUUAUGGUUUAUUAUCUUCAUUUAUAAAGGUUUUUAUUUAGAUUCUAUCUUAGUUUUUAUUGUUUGUUAACCACUUGAAGACCGUCAUGUUAUUCCCCCUUCCUGUAUACGCCAUUCUUUAGAUUCCAGCACAGUGAUAAUUUGACUGACAAUUACUCGGUCAUACAACACUGUACCCAAAAUAAUUUUAUAUCAUUUUUUUGAGACAUGUAAAGCUUUCUUUUAGUUUUGAUUUUUCACCGCUUUUAAUAUAUAAUAGAAAAUUGUUUUAUUUUUUUUUAUAUAAAAAUAAUACAAGUAAAUAAUCUUUCUUCAUAAAUUUAGGGCAACAUUUAUUUUUCUACAUUUCUUUGGUAAAUUAAAAAGCAAAUCGGUGUAUAUUAUCUACUCUGUGUGAAAGUUAUAAAGUCUACAAUGUAUAGUGUAUAUAUUGAAAAUUAAUCAAUCCCGAUGUUCUGAUUGAAUAUCUAAAUUCUUGAGUCUCUAAAAUGCCAGGACAGUACAAAUACCCCCAAAUGACAUCUUUAUGUAAAGUAGACAGUCCAAAGUAUUUAGUAAGAAGCAGGAUGAGAUUUUUGAUGUUGUACAUUUUUUCCACACUCUUUUCUGGAAAAUAAAGAAAUUAAAUAAAAUCUGAUUUUGUUUCACAAAA